AUGAGCCGCAUCACAAACCCCGCCGUGCAGCGGCAAGCCAUCUCGGCGCUACACUCGGACGACCUCGACGUUCCUCCUCGCGACAGCGACACCAUCUCGAUCCGAUCGCGGCACACGCUGCGAGCGUUUGGCGCCACAGAAGACGAGGAGGAUCCGUGGUCUGCCAUCCCCCGUCCGCUCUCCUCUGCCACUGCAACCUCAGCUGACGGCAUGUCGGCGCUCACACCAGCACAACGCAAGCAGCUGCUGCUUCGGGCACUCGGGCAGCUGCUUGCGCUGUUCGUCGUGUGCCUGGUCGGCUUGGGGGGGACGUUGUGGCUAGCAUUACCCGUCAUCGCCCCGGAGGACAAGGCGAACUUCAAACUGCCGCGCAACUUUGACGACCUCAAGAACCUCAACACGGUGCUGCAGCAUUACAAAUCCGAGCACUUUGGGCGGGUGCUGCUGUGCUGGGUGAUCGUAUACAUGUUCCUCCAGGCCUUCUCAAUCCCUGGUAGCAUGUACAUGUCGAUCCUCGCUGGCGCUCUGUUCGGUGUUCCUCUUGCGCUACCACUAGUUUGCGCAUCCGUCGCAACGGGCGCCACGAUCUGCUACCUGAUCAGCAAAACGCUCGGCGUGGUCCUCGUCGCCCUGCCGAGCUGGCAACGCCGCGUCGACGAAUGGAAGGACAAACUGGCCCAGCACGAGGACAACAUGUUGUCCUACCUCAUCGUCCUCCGCAUGAUGCCCCUGCCACCGCAUAACAUCGUCAACAUCCUCUCGCCGCACCUCGGCAUCGGGAUUCCAGUGUUCUGGCUCUCGACCUUCUGCGGCAUCUUCGCGGUGAGCGUGAUCCACGUUACGAUCGGGGAGAAGCUCGACCAGAUGACGAGUCCGGACGAUUUCAACCUCUUCUCUCUGCGCAAUGUGCUGCUGCUAGGAGGGGUGGCGAUUGCGGUGUUGAUCCCUGUGUUCGUCAAGAAGUGGAAUGGCGAUUCGUCCGAUCAACGCGGAGAGGUUUUCCUGCCGGAAGGCGAGGGAGAAGAGGACGCACCCAGAUUACCAGAUAGUUUCAGACGGAACCUCGUUCUCGGACCCCCCAGCCUCGGGUUUGCAGAGGACGACGACGAGCUACCACCCCACCGCACGUUGGAUACGCAGAACAUCGUGGGCAACACGACGGUGGCCGGGUUGGAGGCCGAGGAAAGCUUCCCCAGCUGGAGACCGGAUGUUCGGACCAGUCUGGAGGACGAGGAGGAGGCAGAAAGGGAUGGGGACGUGUAUGGGAGAGGUGGGGUGUUUAGCGAUAGAAUGGUCGGCAACGGGGCAAGGCAAGGAGCGGAGGGGAACGGCGUGGGCAAGCUCAAGAGGUGGAUUGGCGAUUCGACGGGUAUCAAAUUGUAG